AUGAAAAUAAUUGAUUUGGAAUACGAUAAUGAAUUCAUGGACAGUUUGAUAUACAACUUCAAGCAAAAUAUUGAUGAUGAAGAAACACAAAAGUCAUUUGUUCAAAUUGUUUUGCCCUGUUUCUUACAUGGAUUAUUUACUGAAAAUUUUGCAUCAAAAAAAUUGUCAAUUUUGGCAGAAUUUUCACCGCAAAAUGUUGUUGCUUCGAUACUUGAAACAAUAGAGGAUAUCAAGUACAAAGAUAAUAUUGCUAAUGCGCUAAUUGAAAUCAAUGAUGUCGUUGCAAAAUUCAAUGUUGAAACCGAAGAUUAUUAUUUGGCAGUUCUUUCUUUAGUUGAUGAAAUAAGCAGUGUUGAAGAAGAGUUGACAGGAUUUAUUUAUCAGUUAUAUGCCAAGUUUACGUCUGUAUUUCCAAUGGAUGAAUCAUUAACUGAUUGGAUUAACUCUGUUUUCACGAAAUCAAUUGAGAUUUCUCAAGUUUCUAUUUUGGAUAAAGAAAUUAAAUCAAAUAUGAGACAGACGUUAAUAAACGUCUUUUCAAAUGCUGAUGCUGAAAUGAUUUGGUCAUUAUUAGAAGUUUUCAGGGAGAAUAUGGACCAGAUAUUAUGUGAAAACAUUGGUCCAUUCGUAGAUGCAUUUCCAAUCACAACUUUCAUCGAUUUUUGCUUCAAUGAUGAACAAAAAGUGAAUUAUUUCAUCAUUCAUCGGCUCCUCAAAAACAGCGGAUUAUAUCUAGAUGAUAAAAUCAUUACAAUGAUCAAGUCAUCAAUUUGCAAUACUGAUCUAAGUAUUAGAAAUAUUGGAGCAUCUAUUGUCAAGCAGACACUUUCUAAUAUUUGCGUUUACUUCCCUCAUUAUAUGCCUAUGAUGAAAAAGCCGCAAAUAAACAAACCUUCAAAUGACAAAGAAAAAAUUAAAUUGAUCCAUGAAACUGUUCUGAAGACAAUCAAGCAGAAUUUCAAUGGAAAAGAUUAUCAGUACCAAGUCAGUAUACUGUACAAUUUGAAGAUCUUACUCUCCUUUGAUUUGGAUGAUGAUUUAACAAUUGAAAUUUUGAAUUAUUUGAUGAAUUUGCCAAUUUUGACACUUCACUCCGCUGUUUUAUCAAGAAUCAUUGAAUGUUUCACAGUUUUGUUUGAAUGCAAGAAGAAGAAUUAUUACCAGCCAAAUAAUUAUGAAAAAGCGAAGUUGGAAAUUAUAAAUUAUCAAAACAUCCACAAAAAAGUAUCAACUCAAAUUUCAGAGAUGAUAUACAAUUACAUUCUUGAAAUUCCUAUCAAUGCAUUGAAACAGAAUGUUGUUGAUUCUGUUCUGCAAUUAUUAAACUGCGCAGCACAAAUUGAUAUAACAAUUCAAAGUCAAUUUUCAAAAUUUGUUGAAAAAUUCAAGGAAAACAAUGAUAAUCAAUUUUAUCGUAUUUUGUCUGUUUUCAUUAAUAAUUGUGACAUCAAUACACAAUUUGGCAUCUUAGAUAAUUUAAUUCAAUAUGUUUGCCAGUCAGACAACGAUUUCAAGGAUGUUAGAGAUCAUUUAAUUUCAUAUUUGGAUUCCAUUGAUUUUUAUUCACAAACAUAUGAUUCAAAUGAAAUCAUUGACCAAAGAAAAGGACUUGUCGGAAAGAUCAUAGACAUAAGUAUUGAGAAAAAUAAUCCAGAUACGACAUCUUUUGUUAUUUCUUGCAUUAAUUCUUUAGUUGAUGGAAAGCAUCCAGUUUUAACUCAAAAAUUGUUCAAAUUUGUUAUUGAAAAUUUGUCAAAUGAAGACAAAUCAAUCAGACAAACAUCAAAUGAAAUCAUUUCCAAAGCAACAGAGUACUUAAUUCCAAGAUCAGCACCAGAAAACUAUGAAUUUAACGAUAAAAGAUUAAGUGAAAGGAAGAAAGUUUCGGUUAAAAUGUCAGGUGAAGAAAAGAACUCCGAAGAAUUUCUCAAACAGUACUUCGACGAUGAUAUCGAAGAAAGACUUAAAAUCAGUCAAACAAUGAAUGAAUUUUUAGAUAAUAUGAAUCAUUGUUUGGAACUGAUUGUUUCAGAUGAAGAAAAUAUCUUUUCACUUCAAAACUUCAAAAUUUUCUCUACAAUGAUGAGAUAUUUCAAUUCUAAGUUUACUGAAUUUGUAUUUGAAAUUGAUGAGCAUUUGCUUGACUCUAAGUCAUAUGAUGUUGUUUCUUUCGUUAAUGAAUCAAUUUCCGCUUUUAUUACAACAUAUCAUUAUACAAAAGAUGAACAAAACCUACCAAAAUUGUUUAAUUUCAUUCAAUCAAAACCCGAACUUUUAUUCAUUCCUUCAUCACUUGUCUCAUCAAAGGAUCCAAAGAGAUACGAAUUCCUGACGAACUACAUCCAGUCAAUUGAUGUUGAUGAUGAUAUCCUCAUUUUUAAUUUGCCUUUUGCUUGUAAUGAUGAAAAGUUCAAGAAUUUCAUUAUUUCAACAGCAAAAUCACCACAAAUUUUAGCAGAAUUAAGUUUUCUUGAUCCAGAAUCGAUAUACAACCAAGUAUUUAAUACUUUUCCUCUUAAUUUCUCUGUCUAUUUGUCAUCAUUAUUUAAUGAACAGAGUUUAUCAACAAUUUCAAUAACAAAAAUUGUUAUUUCGAAUAUAAAUCAAAUUUUCGGAAUGAUUUUAGACGAGAAAACAGAUGAUGAGAUUAUAGAAAACUUGACAAAUGUGUUCAAAUCCUUGUCAUUUAAUAUUGACCAGUCAUUUUCUUUCAACUUCCAACAAGUUGAUGAAAAGUGGCUCAUUUUGAUUUCAGAAUUAGAAAUCAUCGAAACUUUGUUUGAAAACGCUGCUUUUUAUGUUGAUGAACAUGUUAGCGACAUUAUAUUGGACUUCAUCGUCCCUUCAAUGAUGAUGAGUGCACCAGAAAUCACUGGUUCCGCACAGAGAUUGUUAACAAUUGCUUUUGAAAGAUUUUAUUCCCUUCAAGAGAAUGCCGAUAUUUUUGUUGGAGUUUUCACAAAAAUGGCUCAAGAAGACUCUGUUUCUGGCCUCAAUGGACUGAUGUGCAUUGUCAGUGGAACUCCUUUAUUCGGAACAGUUCCUCAACACAUUGCAGAUGCAUUAACAGUUCUCAAUGAUUAUUCGUCAUCAAACCAUCAAAUAUCUGAGUUUCUGAAUCUGUUUUGGUCUAAAUAUGAGGGAACAUUCGUUCCAAGCGCCUCUCUUUGUUUAUCCCCUAUCAGAAAAUCACUCAAAACCAAUCUAUAA